CCCGCUCCUCAAGUCACCCGUCUCCUCCUCCUCCUCCUCCUCCCACUCAAAUCUCUGUCCUUAUUUGUUCAUUGAUUCUACCCAAAAUUCAUUCAACCCAAUUUCCGAAUCGAUCUAAUUCCGGCCGCCGUCAAAUGGGAUCGUGUUUCUCAUCCUCCUCUUCCUCUGCCUCUCCCCCGCCGACGGCCAAAGUCGUCUCCCUCAAAGGGGAUCUCCGCGAGUACCCGACUCCGGUCUCCGUCUCCCAAGUUGUGGAAUCCGAUUCCUUCCUCUGCAACUCCGAUUUCCUUUCCUACGACGAACCCAUCCCGGCCUUGCGCUCCGACGCGCUAUUGCUCCCCAAUCAGCUCUACUUCCUGCUCCCGGCUUCGAAGCUCGGCUCCAGGCUCACCGCUGCGGAUAUGGCCGCUUUGGCCGUCACGGCUAGCCAGGCCCUCCUCCGAUCCUCGGCCGGCGGCCGGAAGAAGUCCAGCAUCGCUCCUCUGUUCUUCCUCCUCGACGGCCACGAUGAUGAAUUCGCCGGCGCCGGCAGUAGUAAUCUUACGGUUGGUGAUAACAAUUCGUCGUCGCGGGCCAAGCCGCUUCCGAGGUCUGGAUCUAUUAGGAAGCUCCAGAGGUAUGCUUCCCGGCGGGCGAAGCUGGCCGUCCGUUCUUUCAGGCUCCGAUUGGCCACCGUUUACGAAGGCACCGUCCUUUGACUUGGAAUUUUUUUUUUUUUUUUUUUCUGUUUUGUUUUUCUUUUGGCUUUCCUCCAUUCAUUCAUAUUCUCUCUAUCUGGUUUCUUCCUUUUGUUAUUCUUUGGAAAAGUCAAUGACUCUUGUAUUUUUUGACCUGGUCAAGGACCUGUAAAUGAAGCUUUAUUUUGACCUGGAGCCGCGCUUCGCAGCGGGCCUGUGUCAUUCUUUAAGCCCAGAAUCAUUUAUUAUUUUGAGAAGUGGGUCAGGCCCACUACGUUCUGUAAUUUUCCAUUAUAGGUCCAUUCUUUAAGCCCAGAAUUGGGAUUUGGAGAAGUGGGUUUUGGAGACCACUUGUAGAAUCUGAAACCUAACGGUAUUAGCAGUUUCGUUUGCCAUGUCAUCAUAAAUCUAAUAGAGUUUGAAAAUUGGU